AUAGUUGGUCCACUAGAUCGUGCCAUUGAAAACAUUUGUUUGAACACUAAUACAUUUUUUACGAAUAGCAUUGUCAUUUAUGAAUAAUCCCUUCAAUUAAAAUGACACUAUUACUGAUUGUAAAUUGAUUGCCUUUUGCAAGUAGCUAGUUGUUGUGUUUUGGUUGGCAGUAAACAGAACACGAUAUAGAUUUCCUACCAUCACAUUCAGGCAAGAUGAGUCGAUCAAGCGAUGACUCCAAGAUGAGAGCGAGCUGCUAUUUGAUGGAAGGGGUGGACAUACAUGAUGAUGGGGUUGCUACGAAAGGCAGCGGGAUAUUUGUGAUAAGAACAAAUCACAUUGCUUAAAUAUAAUUUCCUUAAUAGCUGUAACUGACAAGGAAGAAUAUCAGCACGAUAUGCAGUUAUGAAGCGGGUACGCACGGAGCAGAUCCAGUACACUGUAGCUCAGUACCUGAAGCGGAGGCAGUAUGUGGAUACUGAAAGUUCCCUGAAGGGGGCUAAACUGUCCCAGUCCGCAGAGGAGAUGGCUGCCAACCUCACAGUGCAGGCAGAGUCGGGGUGUGCAAACAUUGUCUCUGCUGCCCCUUGUCAAGCUGACCCUCAACAGUACGAGACCCAAUUUUCCAGACUACGCAAUUUUCUCUCAGAAGCGGCGUUGCCAUGGGGCCAGGAGGUGAGCUGCGUCCUGUACCCGCUUUUCAUUUAUCUCCACCUGGACAUGGUGCGCUGCAGCUUGAAGCUGGCAGUGGAUGGCUUCUACAGCCGCUUCCACAGCCUCUUCCUGGGGGACGCCGAGCAGCGCUCCACCGUGGAGCAGCUUCGCCACGUUCUCACCCAGCAGGAUGUCAACGCCAACCCUAAGCUGCUGGCCUUCCUCGACCACAAGUACGUGGUGAACCUGACGGAGCCGGCCUACAGUUACUUGUUACGCUAUCUGCAGAGUGAAGACAACAGUACCCUCUGUAGGGCCCUCAGCACCCACGUCCAGGUAGAGGUCACCUCCUCACCACGCACCGACUACCAACUGUACGGGAUGACGGUAGCAGGAGCCGCCGGGGCUGCCACCAUGGCCCCCAACUCUACCUCCUCGUGGUCGGGAGCGGAUGGCCCUGAGCGAGGGGAGGCGGCGGGGGUGGAAGUCCCCACAGCGAUCCCGCAGAGCGAGGUGGCCCUGGAGGCGCUGCAGGACUGCAUUAAGAAAGUGCGUGAGGGGCCACCAUCCCUCACCACCGUGUGCUUCUACGCCUUCCAGCACACGGAGCACCUGCUGAACGCGGCAGAGGUGUCGGCCGACAGCAAGCUGCUGGCCGCCGGGUUCGACAGUUCGGUCGUCAAGCUAUGGAGCCUUAGGGCCAGGAAACUGAAGGCCAGGCCACACCGGGCCGACGUGUCACACAUCCGCUUAGCAUGCGACGUGCUGGAAGAGGAGGCAGAUGAAGAGGACGGCUCGGGCAGCGAGAUUAAGACCCUGCGUGGCCACAGCGGUCCGGUGUUCCGCACGGCCUUCCUGACAGACAGCUCGGGCCUGCUGUCCUGCUCGGAGGACACGUCCAUUCGCUACUGGGACCUAGGCAGCUUCACCAACACGGCCCUCUACCAGGGCCACGCCUACCCCGUCUGGGACGUGGACGUCAGCCCCUGCAGUCUCUACUUUUCCAGCGGCUCCCAUGACCGCACUGCCCGCCUCUGGACCUUCUCCAGGACAUACCCCCUGAGGCUCUACGCCGGCCACCUAGCAGACGUGGACUGUGUCAAGUUCCACCCCAACUCAAACUACCUAGCCACAGGCUCCACGGAUAAAACUGUCCGCCUCUGGAGUACCCAGCAGGGGGCGUCAGUGCGCCUGUUCACAGGCCACCGCGGCCCUGUGUUGUCUGUAGCUUUCGCGCCCAAUGGGAAGUACCUGGCGUCGGCGGGCGAGGACCAGCGAGUGAAGCUGUGGGACCUGGCCUCAGGCGCUCUGGUCAAGGACCUGAGGGGCCACACGGACAGUGUCACCAGCCUGUCGUUCAGCCCCGACAGCAGCCUGGUGGCUUCCUCUUCCAUGGAUAACUCAGUCAGGGUGUGGGACAUCCGAAACUCCCAUGGGACGACCCACGCGGAUAGCUCGUCCAGCGAGCUGGUGGGGCUCUACACGGGAAACACCAGCAACGUGCUCAACGUCCAGUUCAUGGCCUGUAACUUGCUCCUGGUGACGGGAACGGCGCAAGAAAAACAUGGACAGUAGACAUUUUGUUUUGUCUGGCCUGUCUGUUUAGUUUAGUUUUAAAAGACUGUUGUGUCUGGAGGGUCUCAUCUCAGACAUGGUCACCAUGGAGACAUACAUGUUAUCUUCCCUAAGCCAAUUACAGAGAGGUAUAAUUUCAGGUCAAAAGGUCACUUGCUAAAGUUGCCCACUCAAGAGGUUGUUUUUGACAAGAUCUCUGAGUAGAAAAGAGAUGUUAAUCUGAACAUACUAAAAAAUGACUUGGUUUUAUUUUGAUGCUUAUAUCCACAAUGCCAAAAUGAGAAGUUACAGUUGAAGUCAGAAGUUUACAUACACCUUAGCCAAAUACAUUUAGACUCAGUUUUUCACAAUUCCCUGUCUUAGGUCAUUUUAGGAUCACCACUUUAUUUUAAGAAUGUGAAAUGUCAGAAUAAUAGUGAUUUUAUUUCAGCUUUUAUUUUUUUCAUCACAUUCCCAGUGGGUCAGAAGUUUACAUACUCUCAAUUAGUAUUUGGUAGCAUUGCCUUUAAAUAGUUUAACUUGGGUCAAACAUUUCGGGUAGCCUUCCACAAGCUUCCCACAAUAAGUUGGGUAAAUUUUGGCCCAUUCCACCUGACAGAGCUGGUGCAACUGAGUCAGGUUUCUAGGCCUCCUUGCUCGCACAUGCUUUUUCAGUUCUGCCCACAACUUUUCUAUAGGAUUGAGGUCAGGGCUUUGUGAUAGCCACCCCAAUACCUUGACUUUGUUGCCCUUAAGCCAUUUUGCCACAAUUUUGGAAGUUUUCUUGGGGUCAUUGUCCAUUUGGGAGACCCAUUUGUGACCAAGCUUUAACUUCCUGACUGAUGUCUUGAGAUGUUGCUUCAAUAUAUCCACAUAAUUUUCCUGCCUGAUGAUGCCAUCUAUUUUGUGAAGUGCACCAGUCCCUCCUGCAGCAAAGCACCCCCACAACAUGAUGCUGCCACCCCGUGCUUCACGGUUGGGAUGGUGUUCUUUGGCUUACAAGCCUCCCCCUUUUUCUUCCAAACAUAACGAUGGUCAUUAUGGCCAAACAGUUCUAUUAUUAUUUUAUUUUUUUCAUCAGACCAGAGGGCAAUUCUCCAAAAAGUACGAUCUUUGUCCCCAUGUGCAGUUGCAAACCGUAGACUGUCUUUUUUUAUGGCGGUUUUGGAGCAGUGGCUUCUUCCUUGCUGAGCAGCCUUUCAGGUUAUGUCGAUAUAGGACUCGUUUUUACUGUGGAUAUAGAUACUUUUGUACCCGUUUCCUCCAGCGUCUUCACGAGGUCCUUUGCUGCUGUUCUGGGAUUGAUUUGCACUUUUCGGACAUUCAUCUCUAGGAGACAGAACGCGUCUCCUUCAUGAGCGGUAUGACAGCUGCGUGGUCCCAUGGUGUUUAUACGUGCGUACUAUUGUUUGUACAGAUGAACGUGGUAUCUUCAGGCAUUUGGAAAUUGCUCCCAAGGAUGAACCAGACUUGUGGAGGUCUACAAUUUUUUUCUGAGGUUGGCUGAUUUUAUUUUUUCCCAUGAUAUCAAGCAAAGAGGCACUGAGUGUGAAGGUAGUCCUUGAAAUAAUUCACAGGUACCUCCAAUUGACUCAAAUGACGUCAAUUAGCCUAUUAGAAGCUUCUAAAGCCAUGACAUCAUUUUCUGAAAUUUUCCAAGCUGUUUAAAGGCACAGUCAACUUAGUACGUAAACUUCUGACCUACUGGAAUUAUGAUACAGUGUGAUAAGUGAAAUCGUCUGUCUUUAAACAAUUGUUGGAAAAAUUACUUGUCAUGCACAAAGUAGAUGUCCUAACCAACAAGAAAUUUGUGGAGUGGUUGAAAAACGAGUUUUAAUGACUCCAACCUAAAGUGUAUGUAAACUUCAGACUUCAACUGUACAUGUAAGAGGGUAGAUUCAUUAGAAAUAACUUUUUGAUUUAUGGCAUUUUCACCAAGAACUACCUGAUGGGUUCUACUAGUGAGACCUCAUAACUUUUCAGGUUUCCCAAAUAUUUCCAAUAAAUUCACAUCUAAGUAGAGUUUCCAGGUAGAAUGUUAGCUUGGCAUGGUUCCGGAUGAGGAUUGCAUUUUGGGUCUAGUGCCUUGUGGGUCAACACCUGUUUUAUUCGGUCACGCACAAAAUUCACAUUGAUCUAAACAAAAUGGGUCUCUGGCUAUUUGAUUACUUGAGUUGUUUAAAAAUCAGCAUCUCCCCAGGAUUUGUCCUCAUACAGUUGUUAAACGUCAUCACCACUAACUGAGAAUGUUGGCAUGCUAUGAAAUGCCGAACUGCGACCAAUAUGUCAAUCACAUGGAAAGAAUGACAACUGUACUUUGUUUCUUUACCAUUCUGUCAGUGGCAUUAUUUGUAAUAUGCUGAGAAGUGUAAAUAUAUUUUUGUAAUCUCUGA